CAGCCGCACGUCAAUGCCGUCGGUCCAUCGAGAUAAGCCGACCGACACGAUCAAUUCGAACAAUACGAUUUGGCGAAGGAGUCAUGGACAUUGGUGACCGUCCGUUGGUUCGCGUUUAGGGGUUGCUUAGGUUUAUUGUCGCGGGUGUUUUGUGCUCUCGGUUUUCACUUGACUAUUGGACGUAUAAACUAUAUUAAUUAAGUGGUGGUGGAUUGUUGUUGAUUUUUAUGGGAUUACUGAGUGGAGACAUGAACGAGUUGCCGGAAGCACUGAAUUUCGCCGGAAGGCCGACAAUGCACAACGAACACGUCUUGUCUCAAGACUUGUUGUCUUCGGAUCUCCACAAAGUCAAGAUCGAACCGGACUUGGCUUACUCCCUUCCUUCUUUGUCUGCUUUGUCUCUGCACGGACAUGCGAUUUCUCCGGUGUCGAGCUUCAACAGUCUGAGCGGCGGCUCCACCAGCACGCUGCUGGGAAACGGCAGCAGCAACGCGUCGCACACGUCGAUCGAGUCGGAGGAGCAGGACAGGGCGGCCAGCACCAGCUCCUGCCAAUCGCCCCAACCGCAGCCGACCUCCUCGACCGCCUCGUCGACCUCCAACAGCACCAGCAACAGCCAAAGCAAACCGCCGUACUCGUACGUCGCCCUCAUCGCCAUGGCCAUCAACUCCUCGCCGGCGAAGAAGGCGACCCUGUCCGAAAUCUACUCGUACAUCACCUCCAAGUUCCCGUACUUCGAGCGGAACAAGAAAGGGUGGCAGAACUCCAUCAGGCACAACCUGAGCCUCAACGAGUGCUUCCAGAAGGUGGCGAGAGAGGGUGGCGGCGAACGCAAGGGCAACUACUGGACGCUCGACUCGGCGUUCAACGACAUGUUCGAGAACGGCAACUACAGACGGCGACGACGAAUGAAGCGCCCCUACAGAUCGCCCCAGCCCUACCCGAAGCCGUUCUUCGGCGACGCCCUGGGACAGCACGGUCUCUCCCUGCCCAGGAACAUAUUCACCCCGUCUUACCCACCGCAUUACUCGCGCUACGAGGCGGCCCCGUGGCUCAGCCAGCCGCAGCUGACCACCUACUCCAGUUGCAAUUCGGCGCCACCGUACCAGCAGCAGGCCUACUCGACGCCGGCGGCGUUCAGUCCCUGCAACAUAAGACAGGAGGCGACCGCCCGGUACUCGCCCUACUGGCAUCCGGACGCCGAGUAUCCGCCCAGUUCGCACAGUUCGCCGCCCGCCGAUCAGCAACUGAUGCUGCCGUGGUCGCUGUGAGAUGAUUGUUUUUAAAGUGUUGUAAGGACUCGGACGAUCGAUUCAGGGCGUGUUAAUCCUUGAUGUUUCUCUCGUACUUUUCUCGUCAAUUUUUAGUAGCACAUAGUAUUUUAUUAAAAAGUAAAUCUGUAUAAACAAUUGUUUGUUUCUCUGUCCGGAAACUUGUUCUUUAGUUCUAUACAAAAUGUGUUCAAAUCAUGUUCUAGCUUUGAUCAGAUUUUGAUUGAUUGUUCUAUUGACGGUGCGAUUAUUUUAUUGUGUUACAAACUUACAAGGCUACUUUUAUUUUUUAAAGCACGGAUUAAUAGAACGAUUGACAAUUUAAUAUAUUAGUUUCUAUUCCGUCCUUUUAUUUAGGCCUUAAAAGGUCCUUGUUUAUAUGUAUUUAUGUAUGUAACUUAAAGCGAAAAUAUAUUUGAUUUAACUGUA